AUGCCGACAACGCUGGAAUGGCUCAAAUUACACAUCACCCAAAUACGACAGCUACAACAAAGCGACGGCUACCAUGAAGAUGAAGACACUUUUAUGUACCUAGGCGACUAUUUCGAUGGGAAUUUGACUACCAAUGAGACGGCGAUCUUAAUAGCUGCACCAGUGCUAGACGAUCCCAGCCCUCCCACCAAACUGUACCGCCUCAUGGGAUUACUAUGCGAAGCCCUGGUAGAGUUAAGCGAUGAGCGCGAGAAGCUGCUAAGUCUCCUCGAAUCCAUCCAGGAGCUCCCUCCAGCCGCAAUUAACUGGGCAGUUCUCCCAGGGCUUCGCAAUAUGUGGAGAGAGCCAAUACCCGAGAACAGACAAACUAAAAUGCGUCAACAUUAUACCGCAAUUGGCACAGUUGAAGCCGAGCUAUAUGAUCGAGGCCUCGGCGGUGUAACAGAAAAUUGGGGAUAUGAGCUAUUGAACCUAGCCUGCUUGAGGCGUCCUGGGCUAGAAGUUAUCAUGGGCGAGAUACAUGCUUGGCUUACCGUAGCUGGGACAAAACUACUUAAGGAUCUGAACCCAGAUGAGGUGAGGAAUUGGUCAAGGCCGGUGCUCGGCGGGCAACCUGGACAGCAGCAUGCUGUUCAAGGCACGAUGGCACAGCAUUGGGAAACUUGGCGACGCACGUUGUUGCAGUUGAGUGAGGAGAAGGAUUUUUUAUCUGCAGAGGCGAGGAGGCUUGCAAGAGAGUGCCAUUUGAUGAUGCAGGGACAUAUAUAG